CGAGAGGUCCAUUCGGACUACUCAAGGACAAGGCGGUGAGUUGACCAGCCGGCGUGGUUUAAUCGUAGUCCGGACAAGCGGCCUGCAGGUUACCCUAGAAAGACGCAGGAAGGCAGGGCCCGACCUUGCGUGCGUGCCUUCUUCGCCUCUUCCUCCUCCUCCUCCCCCUCCCAUGCUGCGACUUGGCCGCUCUCCGGGCGGGAGAGGUGAAGCGAUCCACUCAGCCCUCCCUCUCUCCACGGCUGCGUUAACAGCUGUCUGCCACGCAGCCGCGCGCUGCCUGAAACUAACCCGCAGCGGGAACAGGGGCUGCAUUUGCGGCGCUCGUGUGCUUUGCAGCUUCGGCCGAGACCCCCGCGCGGACCACCCUGCCACCUGUCUGGGCUUCGGAACUUACUCGACUCCCGCCAGCUUUCGCGGGUUGAUUUCCCCCCCCUCCCUUUCUUUUUCAGUGGGCUGCAUGACGGCGCACGCCGCUCCCUGGACAGCUUCGCUCCGCUCUCGCCGUCGGCUAGAACAAGGCUGCGCGGGAGCUUCGCGACGCUGUGAAUAAACGCGCGCUGGGGCUGGCUCGCGCUCUCCCUUCACCCUCGCGCUCACACGCACGGGCGCGCGAUACAAAAAGCGGGGACCACCGAGCGGCGUUGCCUUUGGAGCAAAGUGAGAGGGCAAGCGAGGCGAGGAGAGACGGCCGAGCGCCUCCCGCCCCAGCGCUUGCCCGUCGACGGCAAGAUCCCCGUCGAACCCCCGCCUGCCUCCCCGCGCCGGGGCGCCGCGAAGCAGCACAAGGUCCGAGAAGUAACUCCGGCAGCGCCUCGCUUCCACCGACUGCGGAGUUAAGGUCCAAGCGGCGACCGUGGGGCGAGCCGCAGUGCUGCUGCCGGACGACCCCCAAGGGCGCGGAAGUUUUCGGGUGUGCCAAGUCUCCUUCCUUCGGAGCCGGGAAAAGAUGGUGCCGUGACUGCUCCCCUGGCCGGCCUUUGCCCCGCUUUCGCUCCUUUCUCUUGCCGUAACCGCGCCAGCCCUCCGAGCCGGCCGGAGUCCACAGAACCGCCGCUUCCGAAGCUCGCGAGUGAGGAAGGAGAAUCAUGCCGGAGACCCGGCGUCCGCUGCGGACUCUACCUGUCCUCCUGGCUCUGAUCUGGACGGCAGCUAGCAUCAGGCUCGCCGGAGGGGCCGGCUCGGAGCAGCAGAUCCCCUUGUCUGUGGUAAAACUUUGGGCUUCUGCUUUCGGUGGGGAGAUCAGAUCUAUUGCAGCGAAAUACUCAGGUUCCCAACUUCUGCAGAAGUGCUGCUUGGAGCUGUCUGAACUUGAAGUCUGUGGUGAGUCAAUGAGCAGAAGAUUUGAAGAUCUCCUCCUUCUGAAAUUGUCUGUAGCCAAUUCCCCUGUGGAUGCACACCACAAAGCCUGCUGCUGGCGAGUGUAAUUCUACAGUCAGAUGCAAAGAUAAGCACUUCUCUUUUGAGGCUAUUUGUAAUA